AUGUUGAAGCCUGCUCUCAGUCUCUUCAGCCAUGCACAGCCGCCUUUUCAACACAUGGACUCUUUGCACCGGCUGGGACCUCCACCAUUGGUGCCUACGCAGCCUCUCGGUCCUCCACCAGUGGGACCUACUCCACCGCCAAAUGUGGUUGCUGCCCCGACUCUAGUACCCCCUCCCAUGACCGCUCCUCAUACAUUGAGGCCUCCUCCCAUCACACCUGUACAUCGUUUAGGCCCACCACCAAUGGUUGAAGCUCAGCCGCUAGGACCUCCUCCUUUGACACACACCGUGGGGCCUCCAUCUCUAGAUCACUCGCAAGUAAUGGUGCCUCCUUCAUUAGACCUCACCCAACCAAUGGGGCCUCCUACUCUGAACCAUGCUCAUGCAUUGGUUGCCCCUGUGCCUGCUGGAGCUAACCGAUUCCCCCUGCCACCCAGCCCCUUGUCCUCCCCUCUAAUCCCAUGCCCAGAACUUUCGCAACUGCCCCCAAGACCUGGCCCUCCCAUGGUCUCAUCCCCAGUGCCUGGCCUUAUUCCUGGUCCUCUCCCAGGCCAGGCAGCCCCAACUAGCGAGCAGCCCCAGGAAGAGGCCUCUUCUAUGGGCAGGGAGGAGCAGGAGGACACUUUUGCAUUGGAAGAACUCUGCAAGCCAUUGUAUUGUAAACUCUGCAAUGUUACCGUCAACUCAGCUCAGCAGGCACAGGCUCACUACCAGGGGAAGAACCACAGCAAGAAACUGCGGAAUUUUCUAGCCGGCAGUCAGCAGCCACCAGCCAUCAGAAUCCCUGAAGCGCUUGAGGUGGCUGGGCAGAUAAACCUCUUCUCAGGAUCCAACGACAGUGACACUGCAAGGCCGGCAUCGUAUAAGGGGCCCACCCGGGUCAUUUUGGCCACAGAGAAUGACUAUUGUAAGCUGUGUGAUGCUUCCUUCAGCUCAUUGUUAGUUGCACAAGCUCACUACCAGGGCAAGAACCAUGCAAAGAAACUCCGACUCGCUGAAGCUCAGCAAAACACAAAUAACAUGGACAGUAGCAGUGACGCAAGCCCAAGAAGGAACCGUAAAGAUGGCAGUGAGUACAGACUGAUGAAAAAUCGCAGAAGCAUGCCGCUUCCUACCUCCAUUCAAGGGCCGUACUACAACCCCAGACCCAGGCAGCGCAUCCCCAGGGAUUUAGCUAUGUGUGUAACCCCCAGUGGACAGUUUUACUGCUCUAUGUGCAACUGUGGAGCUGAACAAGAAACAGACUUCCGACAGCAUUUGGAAAGCAAGCAACACAAAGCGAAAGUGUCAGAGUUAAGGUACCGGAAUGAGAUGGAGAACUUGGGCUACAGCUAA